AUGUCAAUUUACUAUGUGAAAUCGAACGAUUCUAUAGCAAUUGGAUCAACACAUGAGAAACAAAAUGUACCUAGAAUCAGCAGAAGUAUCCCGAAUGCAAUGGCUGGUGAACAGAUUGCAGCAGGAUGGCCUGCUUGGCUUGUUGCAACGGGCACUGAAGCUAUCCAUGGAUGGCUUCCUAGAAAACUCGAAUCGUUCCACAUGCUUGAUAAGAUUGGUUACGGAGCUUACAGUACUGUUUACAAGGCUCGUGACCUCGAACACAACAAAAUAGUUGCUCUGAAACGAUUGAAGUUUGACAAUAUAGAAUUAAUGAUGAAGGAAAUCAACAUUUUACGAAGGCUGGAUCACGAAAAUGUUAUCAAAUUGGAAGGGUUGAUCAUCACAUCAGGUAUUAUAUUUGGUUUAUUAUAUCUUAUUUUCGAGUAUAUGGAACAUGAUCUCAAAGGACUUCUAUCAAUCCCCGGUGCAUUUUUCUCCGAAUCACAGAUCAAAUGUUACAUGAAACAACUUCUAAAUGGAAUUAAUCAUGUUCAUAGUCGAGGUAUCCUUCAUCGAGACAUAACCACUUCAAAUCUAUUACUUGAUAAUCGCGGUAUCCUGAAAAUUGCAGACUUUGGCCUGUCUACACUUUCCAAAUCAAAGCCUAAUGUCCCUUUGACUAGCUGCAUUGGGACUCUCUGGUAUCGAGCACCAGAACUGUUAAUUGGAUCGUGUUUUUAUGGAAUCGAAGUGGAUCUAUGGAGUAUUGGUUGUGUACUCGGAGAAUUGUUUAAUGGCAAAGGAAUUUUGCAAGGUAAUAACGAAAUUGAUCAGUUGCAUAAGAUAUUCAAGCUAUGUGGAUCUCCUUCUGAUGAAUAUUGGCGAAAAUACAAUUCGUCUAAUGCAGCAUUUUUGAAACAGAAAGUACCUUACAAUGCGAAAAUCGAAGAAACAUUUCAUGAUUUUCCUGUUGCUGCUCUGGAACUUAUGCAAAUUCUGCUUUCUAUAGAACCACAGAGCAGAGGAACUGCUGCUAUUGCUAUGGAUCACAGUUUUUUCAUAGUUGAACCAUUUGCUACCGAUUCGUUUAGUUUGCCUAAAUACCCUCCAACUAAAGGAUAG